AUGGUUCAAGCUCGGAGCGGCAGCCACGACUUGACGCACAAGCACGACAAGCGUGGCGGAUGUAUUCUCGGCACUGACCACCUUCGACCUCGCGACGUCGAUGAGGCGACCCUCAAGAAGCGUCAGGCCACCUUGCCUGCUGUAUCUGGCAAUGGCCAAAAGUACCCCACUCCCGGAGAGGUCCCACCUCCUAGCUCUCUGCCUCAGGCCUGGGUCGAUGCGUACAACAAGGCUAAGAAGGCUGGUCAGAUCCCCGACAUCCCUGCAUCCAAGGAAACUCCUGACGGUCUGAUCGCUUACCCCAAGGGCACCGACAUGAACGCUGUAUGCUCCUGGACGCUCUCCAAGUGCAACGACGGUGACAUCUGGCAAGCACCUCAGGGCACCCUCGCUUUCGGCUUUGACGAUGGACCUACCCCCAACGGUACACCACCGCUCAUCGACCUCAUCAAGAAGGAGAACAUCGCAACCACGCACUUUCUCAUUGGUUCCGCUAUCGCGUGGGCCCCCGACGUCAUGUCUCAAUUGGCUGCUGUUGACAGCGCCCAUCUCGGUAUCCAUACUUGGAGUCACACCUUGCAGUCGACGAAGAGCGACCUCGAAAUUCUCGGAGAUCUCGGAUGGACUCAACAGAUCAUCUACGACCUGACUGGCAAAGUGCCUGCCUACUUCCGUCCUCCCGAGGGAGACGCUGAUGCUCGUGUCCGUGCGAUCGCCCGCGUGCUCGGCAUGCAGACCGUGCUGUGGACGAAGGACGCCGAUGACUGGUGCUUGCGCCAAGGACACGGUACCGCGACCUCGAUUCAGUCCUGCGUGCAGAGUGCACCUGAUCUCGAGACGGUCACCAAGGAACAAGUCAGCUGGGUGUCUGGCAGCAAGAACGACGGUGUGAUCACCCUGGAACACGAGACGACCGAUCAGGCCAUCAAGGCUGCCGGCUCCCUCGUCAACGCCGCUCAGAAGAACAAGCAAUACAAGAUCGUCGGUGCCAUCCCUGACCUGUGGGACCUGCCUUGGUACAGCAACCAAUUCGCUCAGGGUGACAAGCCCACCAAGCCAAAGGACAUUUUGCCCACCCACUCCUUCGUCAAUGUCACUGACGGAGGAGCUGGAUCUGCUCAGUACGAUCUCGGUGACUGGAAGAGCGCUACAAGCACCGGCAGUGCCAAAGCUGGCGCGACUUCUAGCGCUAGCAAGGGCAACAGCAACUCUGCGACCACCGGUGGAAGCUCGUCCGGCGCACCAGCCACCGCUGCCGCCUCUUUCACUGUGCUCCUCGGUGCUGCUGCCCUGGCAGCUAGUUUGGCGCUCUGA